AUGAUUUUACCAAGACUUUUCCUUUUUAUCUCAUUGUUUUCUCUUGCUUUAUCCAAUGAGCAAUCCAAUUCUCACAUUCUUCCAAGACCCUUGAUUCUAGAAACAACUCAUUUGAGGGAACUUGACAAUGAAGUCAAAUUACAGUGUACAAGCUGGAGAUUUGCUGUUGAAGCCAAUAAUUUGAAUCCAUGGAAACAAAUUCCCCUGGAGUGUGCAGAAUACGUGGAAGAUUACAUGCUUGGAAGAGGUUAUAAAUUGGAUUUAGAAAGGGUGUCUAAUGAAGCUGGGGUUUAUGCAAAAAGUGUGGAAUUGAGUGGUGAUGGGAAAGAUGUUUGGGUUUUUGAUGUUGAUGAGACUUUGCUUUCUCAUCUGCCUUAUUAUGCAGAUCAUGGUUAUGGCUUGGAGAUUUUUGAUCCAGUGGAGUUUGAUAAGUGGGUUGGCAAGGCUCUUGCACCUCCUCUAGAGCCGAGUUUGAAACUCUACAAUGAGAUUAUGGGUAUGGGCUUCCAGGUUUUUUUGCUGACUGGACGCAGCGAGAAGCAAAGGAAUGUGACAGAGGAGAACUUGAUCAAUGCAGGGUUUCAGAAUUGGGAUAAGCUUAUUUUAAGGGGAUCUGAGGAUCAUGAGAAAUUGGCAACAGUAUACAAAUCAGAUAAGAGAGAUGAGAUGGUGAAAGAGGGAUAUAAGAUCAUCGGAAACUCUGGAGAUCAGUGGAGUGAUUUAUUGGGAUCCUCCAUGUCAAAUCGCUCAUUCAAGCUUCCAAAUCCUAUGUAUUUUAUCCCUUGA